AUGAAAACGAAAUCAACCGAACUGAAUCAAUUUCGAGAAGAAAUGGAAUCGGAGGAAGAGAAUGACGAUAACAAUAGCAACAACAGAAUCAUCAUCAAUAACAAUAAUAAUAACGGAAACAAGUUAGCAAUGUGGGAGACUAUUUUCAGAAACCAUAGCAACUCUUUGAAAUCUCUCUUCCACCGCAAACCUGACAUCGCCGCCGCUGAUGAUGCCGUCAAUUCUCCCAAACCUAUUCCUCAACUCUCUCACAUCGCCAACUCCGUCGUCUCUCGCUGUUCCAAGAUUCUUGGAGUUUCUACGGAUGAAUUACAACAUGCGUUCGAUUCGGAGCUUCCUCUCGGAGUGAAAGAGCUUCUAACAUACGCUAGAAACCUUGUGGAAUUUUGUUCGUUCAAAGCGCUUCAGAAAUUGAGUAGAAACUCCGAUUAUUUGAGCGAUGCGGCUUUCCGCCGUUUGGCGUUUGACGUGAUGCUUGCUUGGGAAGCUCCCAGCGUUCACACUGAGCAACUCACAGCGGAAACUCCUACUAGUAAAGAUGAAACCGCCGGUGAUGAGGAUGAUGCUUCCUUUUUUUAUUCAAGUUCCACUAAUAUGGCACUUCAGGUUGAUGAUAAGAAGACAGUUGGCCGUGAGGCUUUUUUACGUAUAGCUCCUGUUUGUGUUCUUGUUGCUGAUAUAAUAACUGUCCACAACCUUUUUGAUGCGCUCACCAAUACUUCGGGUCGUAGACUCCAUUUUCUUGUUUAUGAUAAAUACAUAAGAUCCCUUGAUAAGAUUGUCAAAAAUUCUAAAAAUGCUCUGUCCAGUAGUUCUCUUGGAAAUCUUCAACUUGCUGAAGACGAGAUAGUCCUUGAUGUUGAUGGGACAAUUCCAACACAGCCAGUUCUUCAACAUAUUGGAAUUGCUGCCUGGCCUGGGCGCUUGACCCUGACCAAUUAUGCUCUCUACUUUGAGUCACUUGGAGUCGGUGUGUAUGAGAAAGCUGUUCGAUAUGAUCUGGCCGCAGACAUGAAACAGGUUAUAAAGCCUGACUUGACCGGACCCCUUGGUGCUCGCCUAUUUGAUAAAGCUGUGAUGUACAAGUCAACUUCUGUAGCAGAGCCUGUUUACUUUGAAUUCCCUGAAUUUAAAGCAAACUUGCGUCGUGAUUACUGGUUGGACAUAAGUCUGGAGAUCCUACGUGCACAUAUGUUUGUCAGGAAAUUCGGCCAUAAAGAUACACAGAAAUCAGAAAUACUUGCCAGGGCUAGUCUGGGCAUCUUCCGCUUUCGCGCACUAAAAGAAUCUUUCAAAUUUUUCUCAUCCAACUACAAAACGUUACUUACUUUUAACCUAGCUAAAGCUCUUCCUCGGGGAGAUAUGAUCUUGAAAACCCUUUCAAAUAGCCUAAUGAAUUUAACUGCUAUUUCUGGUAAACAACAUAUUCCAUCGAAUGUCGAAACAAAAAAGCAACUGACAGUGUCUCCAGCAGCAGUUGUGGCACUCUUCUGUCUUGGGUUCAAAUCAAAAAUAACAGUUGAUAACUAUGAGGAAACAAAUGUUGUUUGUGAUAUCCGAGUUGGUGAGAUAAAUCCGUUGGAAAUGGCAGUUAAACAAUCCCUUAAGGACACUGGAAAAGCAGAAGCUGCACAGGCAACCGUAGAUCAAGUGAAGGUGGAGGGCAUCGAUACAAAUGUUGCAGUUAUGAAGGAACUACUAUUCCCAGUCAUUGAAUCUGCUAACCGACUAAAACUUUUGGCCUCGUGGAAAGACUUCUAUAGAUCAACAGCCUUUUUGAUCCUCAGCUGUUAUUUAAUUAUAAGGGGGUGGAUCCAGUACUUAUUGCCGUCCAUUUUUCUGUUCAUUGCAAUUAUUAUGCUCUGGCGUAGACAUUUUAGAAAGGGAGGAGCAUUAGAAGCCUUUACAGUAACACCUCCCCCAAAUCGAAAUGCAGUAGAACAGCUGCUGACAUUGCAAGAAGCCAUUACGCAGUUUGAGUCACUGAUUCAAGCUGGAAAUAUUGUUCUACUAAAAGUAAGAGCUCUUCUACUUGCUAUAUUACCGCAGGCUACAGAGAAGGUUGCUCUAUUUCUAGUUUUUCUAGCUGCAGUAUUUGCUUUUAUUCCUCCAAAAUACAUAUUUUUGGUGAUAUUCAUUGAGUGUUACACAAGGGAGAUGCCAUAUAGGAAAGAAAGUAGCAAAAGAUGGAUAAGGCGGAUUAGAGAAUGGUGGAUCAGAAUACCUGCUGCUCCCGUUGAACUCGUUAAGCCUGAUGAGAGCAAGAAAAGAAAAUGA